AAGACAAUUUACAAAAAGUGAUAUAAACAUUUUAAAGGAUUUCCUAAUUGGCUAAUUAUAUGUAAAUGACGAAGCAUCUGGCUUGCAAAACGGCCAACACAAGGGAAAGAGUCCAUCAGCAACAACAUUACAGCUUUGGCUCUUUGCUGUUGACUUUGUUUCUCAUGCAUCAAAUGCAACAGUUAGCCAGCCGUGAGAAUGGCCAACCCUAUGGCGUGGCAGCCACCCCAAUUCCAUCCACAUCCACAUCCACAACCAAUAGACUACACAACACCAACACAAACACCAACACAGACACACUUGCACCCACCAUAGACCCAGUUCUAAGUGGGACAAGUAACAAUACUUUGCGACUGAAACGCUAUUCGGACAAAUCGCUAAAGGAGAAAUUCGGUUUGGCCUUGAAUACAACCUUUCUUGACUGGAGUCAAGCAUGUGGAACGCCAAGGAGCAGUCUUAAUAGAUUAAACAAAUUGAAAAUUAGAGAAAAAAUCAAAACAUUUAAACCGCACAAGAAGCGACAAUGGCUGCUGAAACUAAUGCAAAAUCACACACGUUUCGUAUAUCAUGACUUGGUUGACGAUGACCUUAGACGAAACAUUAGUAAUGUAAGCACCGAUAAGGCCAAUGAUGAUCUCAAGGCCUUUGAUUAUCGGGAAAUGAAUAGUCCAGCUUAUGAUCUAUUUAGAAGUCAAUAUCAAAACUUUUUGCCCAAUCUACGUGCGAAAAAGGAUAAGAAAUUACAACUACGUAAUAUCCAUCGUAAUCUGGAGUUUUAUGUGGCUGCCUUCAGUUAUCUUCGGCAUGCUCAACUUUUGGCCGAUAUGGAAAGCUCCAAUUAUGAGAGCGUCAUCUCAUCAGAUCUGGAACGUUUGCGUUCGAGUGCCCGUUCUAUGCUCUGUAAUGUGGAUACAACCAUUAUGGAAAUAAAUCGUCUAGCUGUCCAAGCAAAGCGGCAAAAAAAUAACAUAAUACAGAAAAUACCCCUCAAAACCAUGCCCAAAUUGACAAUGGAGAGGCGGCUGGGUAAUUUCAAGACCGAUAUUGUGGAACUGCAUAAGUUGGCCAUUGAUGUGGCCAAGCACGGAGCCAGUAUACCGCCCCAGAUGCUGGAGACCACUCAGCUGGCGCUCGAUGUGAGAUUUGUUAAAUACGAGUAUAUAGAAUAUCUAAAUGAUUUGCUUCAGCUAUUGAACAGACAAAGAAAAAAGUGGAAAUCACAAAAAGUUUCGUCUACCAUUAUUCGAUCCUAGUUAGAUUCUAUUUUAGACAUUCCAAAAAACAAAAAAAACAAAUUCGAAUUGAGAAAGUAUAUCCAAGACAUAGAAACCUCUAGAGCCUAUACACAAAUACACACAAAAACACACAUCCACCUAAUGCCUCCGACAAUUGAGGCUCAUUCCAUUAAUUAUUUAUUCAAUAUUUAUUUAUUAUCGAAAUGCCCUAUCGAUUUUUAUAUACAUACACACACAAAGGCUAUGAAACCCUGAAUCCAAUAUUACAUAAGUAUUUAUUUCCACAAAUAUCAUUUUGUAUGCAUCUUAUCAUUCAGUUCUUGAUGUUUUUUUUUCCUUUUUUUUUCGUAAUUGUAAGACCUCAAGACGUAUUAUGAAUAGUAUUUAUUUAUGGAACAUUUAGUAUUUAAGUUCUCUUUUUUUUUUUGUAUGCACAAUCUUUUGCCCUGUAUUACAAAUGCUGUGAUAGUAGUUUAGAAGAGAGCCCAAACAAUCCAAUCGAAAAUUGUAUACUUAAUACACCUAAUAUA